GCACGCCAUGCGUCCUUGGCAGCAAGAGACGACAUGUGGACAUCGAUUCUCCACCUCUCCCGAGCCGCUGCACGGCCGGCCGCUGCUUGCCAGCGCCCGCCCGCCCGCCGCUUCCACGACUACUUCAUAACCCAUCUGCCGUCGACGUCGCUGCAUCCCGACUCGCGAGCCCAGCCCGCGCUGCACCACCGCCUCCCGCGCGACAAGAGCACGCCGUACCAUGGCGACCAGUCGAGCCGCCUGCCCGCGGCCGUCCUGGGCCCGUCGCGCGACAUGACGGUCGUGCGCAUACCGCUCAAGAGUGCAAAGCACCACUUUGGCGUGACGCUGUCGCGAGGCACGCGGCCCUACAACGAGGAUGCCUUCCAGGCCGGCACCAUCGACGUGCCCGCAUUCGCCAAGCGGAGGCCCGUCUCGCUGACCCGCAAGGAACACGGCCGCAACGACAGCCAAGUCACGCCCGAAGUGGGCGCCAGCGGCGAUCCCCAGGUCUUUUACUUUGGCGUCUUCGACGGCCACGGCGGCGCAGAGUGCUCGGGCUUCCUGCGCGAGCACCUCCACGACUAUCUGGAAAAGGCGACGCAGCAGUUUGAGCUCAAGAGCAGCCUGGCGAGCCAUGGAUGCGAUACACAUGCCGGCGGCCCCAAGGCCAGGGGCGAGGCCUCCUCUAGCGACCAGCGGCAGAGGGACAAGGAGAGUCUGGACGCCAUUGAGACACACACGCCGCCUGGCACACAGGCGAUGAAGCCACCACAGCCCGGCACCAAGGGCGAGCUGCCCACGGCGGGGUCCAAGUCUACGCAGACAGCCAUGCCCGGGGCGCCGUCCAUGGCACAGUCCGACAGCAUACGCAAGGCCGAGGAGCUGGAGCAGCAGCUGGUCAAGCAGUGGAAAGAGCUGGUUGGCGGCUACUUUCGACGCUUCAAGCCAGAGUACUUUUCCGUGUCGGCAGGCGGACAGGGCCACCCUGCGGAGAAGGAGGUGGUGCAGAAGCAGCACAUGGGGGCAUCACGUACAGGCGGCCAUGUGCAACAAGGCAUUGGAAUCGAGACGGUGCUCGAGUACGCGUUCCUCAAGGCCGACUAUGACUUUGUUGCAGCACAGGUGGGCAAGAAGGAGGAAGACCCCGUUCGCGCAGACAAGGCACUCAACGACGACGAUAUCCUGGGGCACCCGUCACGCACGACAAAGCACAUUGGAGGCGAAACCCGAUUCAAGGGCGGCAGCACGUGCAGCGUGGCCCUCAUUUCUACGCCUACGCCAUCGCCCUUUUGGCAUCCGUCGUCGCCGUCGUCGCUCGUCACGGCACACGUUGGAGACACGCGAAUCCUGCUGUGCAACACGGCCACCGGACAAGCGGUGCCGCUGACGUCGAAUCACCAUCCCUCGCUGCCCGAAGAAGCCACGCGCCUGCGACGAUUUGCAGCAUCGUUUGUGACUGACUCGUUUGGCGAGGAGCGCAUGUCCGGGCUUGCCAACACGCGGUCCUUUGGCGACAUGGCGUCGAAACGAGUCGGAGUAUCGGCUGAGCCGGAGAUUCGGCGGAUUGAACUUGGGCCGGCCGAGUACUCGUUUCUCGUGCUCUGCUCAGAUGGCGUGUCGGGCCACCUGUCGGAUCAAGAGAUUGUAGACAUUGUCAAGGAAGCAAAGACGCCCGAGCAGGCGGCACGAGACCUGGUCAGCUUCGCCGUUGAAACAUCGACGGGCAGCGAGGGCGCCGACAACGCAACAGGGCUGGUAGUGCGACUGGGCGGAUGGGAAAGACGAGGAGAAGGAGGGCUGGGCAGCCUGGGGACCAAGGAGAUGCGGGACUGGCGGAAGCAAGAAGCAGAGAACCCGCGGGCCAUGGGGCGCAUGUAAAGACGUGGGGGGGUGUAUAUGUAUGCAGUAUGUAGACGGACGGACGGUGAAGAUGUGGUGAGCAGGCCAUGGUGCAUUGUCGGCGCUUCUUUUUUUUUCCCUUUGUGUUUUGAAGCCAUUGGACAGUGUUGCAUUUGUACACGGCGCGGAAUGGUGAU